AUGCCCUCGCCCUCCACCCAAUCAAAACCCACUCCCGACAACAUCAACAUCAACAUCACCAUUGCCAUCUGCUCAACGCACCGCGUACAACCCCACUACAAUCCCCUUGCUCCAAUCAUGACCUCCUCUCUCCCAAAACCAAAACAAGAGCCCGACUCCAAAAGUCCCAUCUCCGCGCUGCAAGACCCGCAAUCGCAAUCUUUCCACCCAGAUCAAAUAUCUCUGCCCACCUUCCGCGCCCUACUAAGCUUCUACCCGCAGACCGUAGAACGGGUGCACAGACGAAAGCUCACGCUGAAGAGCAAGGGCAAGUCGACGAAAGGCGCGAAGGGUUCAAAAGCGAACGCAGGCGCAACGCGCCCCCGAAAUGCAGAUGCUAGCGUCGAACUCGAACUCGAACCCGAACUCGAGCCUGACCAGGCCGCGCAGGUCGAGGCCAGUAUGGAAAAGUUUGUCAGCCUUGAUUCCUGGCGGUAUGAGGGUAUGCCUGCUGUGAUUGCGGGGCGGAGGUCUGCUGGUGCGGGCGCGGCAUUGAGUAAGGAAGAGCUUGUUGAUGUUAUGGAGUGGAAGACUACACACGGCACCUUCAGACCAAUGCUGAUGGGCAUGAUAAAAUCAAACCCCAGCAGCUUCGUAAUCGACUGCACGUCGGCCGCCAUCUCAUCCCUCCCGACAGAGUCAGCGGUCGAGUCGGACAAGGCGUUCCCCCAAGCCAGCAUGGAUGCCCUCCAACGGCUCCGCGGCGUCGGCGCAGCCACCGCCUCCCUCAUUCUGUCCAUGGCGACGGCGAAAAGCGACGUGCUGGACCAGCACCCAUUCUACAGUGACGAGAUGUUCCUGUGGCUGGUUGUGAAGGAGUACCCGGAUGCGAGCCCGAGCUCGGAUCCGUUGCCGAAGCUGAAGCCGAAGCCGAAGCCGAAGGCAGAUUCGAAAUUCAAGCGCAAAGCGAAUGGGGACUUGGUUCUUGGGUAUACGUUGGCUGAGUACAAGGACUUGUGGCGUGCGGCUUUGUGUUUAAGAAAGAGGCUUAGUGAGGGUGUGGAGGGGGGUCUGAAGAUUUCGCAGAAUGAUGUUGAGAAGGUUGCUUAUGUUUUGAGGAAUAUUGGUGUUUCGGGGGUUUAUGCGUGGGGUUGCGGUGAGGUUGGUGUUGAUGCUGCUGUUGGUGUGGAGAGUGAGGUUAAGGAAGAGAUUAAAGAAGAGGCGAAGGGAGAGAAAGGGGCUACUUUUGGGGAAGAGGUGGCUACGAAGCGGAAGAGGGAAGAGGCUCCCGAUGUGGGAGUUGUGACGAGGGCGUCUAGGAGUCGGAAGAAGACUGCUUGA